AAUUCCUUUGAUUGGAUCAUCAUCUUCUUUGGAGGACUGUCCAAUACGGGGCUGCUCACUGCCAUGUGAAGGCACGUCUUCUAGCCAACCAGUCAGCUAACCUAUCUUUAUUCCAUGAAGUCUGAUGUUGACUUACAACCAUCAAUCCUCUAUCUGAAUUUAUAGCAUUUUGGUCCAAAACUAAGAGUCAAUUAUAGAUUCUUCCUUUUGUAAAAUGAAGAGGCAUCUCAUGUGUUAAAGAGACCGGGUCCUCGAGCAAGAAGAAAGAAGCAAUGGAAGGCUCACUCCCUCGCCAUCUUUGCCAUGUCCAAAAAUCAUCUGCCAUCAUCAACAGAUUCCAUGCUCUUAUUCAUUCCACAGCUUUAAUUGCUCUGAUCUACUACAGAGCUUCUUUUCUCCUCCAAAACACUGAUACUAUAUCAGGACACACGCCUAUCAUACCAUGGCUUCUGGUCUUUGCUGGUGAGCUGGUUCUCUCCUUUAUAUGGCUUCUCGAGCAAGCUUAUCGUUGGAGGCCCGUUACUCGCGCCGUCUUCCCAGAAAGACUACCAGAAGAUAAACAACUGCCGUCUAUUGACGUGUUCAUAUGCACUGUGGAUCCAAAGAAGGAACCCACUUUGGAGGUUAUGAACACUGUAAUAUCAGCCAUGGCAUUAGAUUAUCCCCCGGAGAAGCUUCAUGUGUAUGUUUCGGAUGAUGGAGGUUCUUCUCUAACGCUGUAUGGCAUGAAAGAGGCGUGGGAGUUUGCAAGGUCGUGGGUGCCCUUCUGCAGGACCCAUGGCAUCAAAACCCCGUGUCCUAAGGCUUAUUUUUCGUCACUGGAGGACGGAGAUGGUUCUGAGUUCCUAGGAACCGAGUUCAUGGCAGAGAGGCGCAGAGUUCAGAUCGAAUACGAAAAUUUUAAAGCUCGCUUGAGGACAGCUAGUAAAGAGGGUGGAAUCAGAAAUGAAAGCAUGAGCAGCCCUAGAGAUCAUCCUCCAGGCGUCGAGGUGAUUGGUGCAGACCAGGUUGAGAUGCCUCUGCUUGUUUAUGUUUCUCGUGAGAAAAGACCUUCUCAUCCGCAUCAUUUCAAGGCUGGAGCUCUCAACGUUCUUCUCCGGGUCUCCGGCAUUAUAAGCAAUUCUCCCUACAUACUAAUAUUGGAUUGUGACAUGUAUUGCAAUGAUCCAACCUCUGCCCAGAAAGCAAUGUGUUUUCAUCUUGAUCCAAAGAUUUCACCCACACUGGCUUUUGUGCAAUUCCCUCAGAGAUUCCACAACAUUAGUAAAAAUGAUAUCUAUGACAGUGGACUAAGGUCGGCAUUCUCGAUAUUAUUGGAAGGAUUGGAUGGGCUACAAGGUCCAAUCUUGUGUGGCACCUGCUUUUACAUAAAGAGAGUGGCCUUUUAUGGAAGUUUCAUACAAGAUGAUAUUGAUAUCUUGAAACUUAGAGAAUCUUUUGGUCCUUCUAACGAGUUCAUCAGAUCCCUUGGCCAAAACUACAAGCCUAGUGUGAGCGAGGAUGGGAACAGCUUGAGUACAAUACAUCUACAAGAGACCCAACUCUUAGCUUCUUGCUCUUACGAAAAUCAGACAAUGUGGGGUAAAGAGGUAGGGUUCUUGUAUCAAUCAGUUGUUGAAGAUUACUUAACAGGAUUCAUCAUGCACUGUCGAGGAUGGACUUCUGUCUAUUGUAAUCCAUCCAAGCCACAGUUCUUGGGUAGUGGCGUAACCAAUAUGAAUGAUAUGUUGGUCCAAGGCACAAGAUGGAGCUCUGGGUUGUUUGAUGUUGCCAUCUCAAAGUUCUCGCCGCUCAUAUAUGGGCCAUUGAGAAUGUCUAUCCUUGAGAGUUUUUGUUAUGCCUACCUUGCCUAUUUCCCACUCUAUUUUAUAUCAGUCUGGUGUUUUGGCAUCAUCCCUCAGCUGUGUCUACUUAAUGGCAUCCCUUUGUACCCUAAGGUUUCAGACUCAUUUCGCAUGAUAUUUGCUUUCAUUUUUCUAUCAUCUCUUUCUAAACAUUUGUACGAGGUGCUAUUCACGGGAGGGUCAUUCCAGACAUGGAUGAAUGAACAAAGGAAUUGGAUGAUAAAGUCGGUAACAUGUCAUCUUUAUGGAAGUAUGGAUGCUAUUAUGAAGAAGAUUGGUAUGAGAGAAGCCAGUUUCUUAACCACAAAUAAAGUUGUGGAUAAUGAAGAAGAAAAGCUAUACCAAAUGGGUAAAUUUGAUUUUCGAACCUCUACUGCGAUACUUGCUCCAGUGGUCAUCCUAGUCAUCUCGAACAUGGCUGCAUUCAUGGUGGGUCUUGCUAGAGUAAUUGCAGCAGGCAAUUGGGACAAAAUGUUUGUACAAGUUGUCCUCUCAUUUUACAUCCUAAUUAUGAGUUACCCUAUAGUUGAAGGGAUGAUACUGCGAAAGGACAAGGGUCGCGUUCCACCUUCUAUCACUCUAUUAUCUACUGUUCUUGCCAUGGUUUUAUUGACUUUAGGGUCCACUGCUCUAAUGUAUUAAGUUAUAUGCAGAACUCGACCCAGUCUGCCUUUCCAUUAGUAUAGUUCCUUGAUGCAAAUAUGCAGAUUCAUUAUUUGUACUGAUGGAAAAGGCACAUAUAGUGCUGUUACAUGCGAUAAAUGCAACACUUUCUAAUUUGUUAGAAUGGACUUAGAAGAGAAUGUUUCUCC